AUCAUUAACCUGUGAACUUGCAGUUUUACUUGUAUAUACAUUUUAUUUGUUUGUUUGUUUUUGUUACCAGGUAAACCCCAAUUUGCUGAUUAUCCUAAAAAUACAAUAUUACCAGAAAAUAGUAAUAUUAUAUUACGUUGUAGUAUUAAUAAAGAAAUUACAAAACCAUUAGCAACAUUAAAUUGGUUGAUAAAUGGUGAACCAAUUGAGAAAUAUUUAAAUAGUUUACGUAAAAUUGGUCAAAAUAAUGCAUUAUAUUUAUACAAUUUAACUGUACAUGAUUCAGCUGUUUAUCAAUGUAUUCUUCAUAAUAUACAUGGUAUUAAUAUUAUCAAUGCAUAUAUUCAUAUAUGGAAUCAACCACCAGCAUUUAUUAAUGUUAUUCAUGGUAUACAAUAUAUCAUUGAAGGUCAACAAAUCAUAUUACCAUGUGAAACAUUUGGUUCACCUCAAGCUAUAAUUCAUUGGUAUCAUAAUAAUAAACAAUUAAAUACUAUUGAUCCUAUUAUGAAAGAUGAUUACAUCAUAGAAGUUAAUGGUAGUCUUCAUAUUUUUCAUGCUAAACUAUCACAUAGUGGUACAUAUAUAUGUAAAGCAUCAAAUAUAUUUGGUAUAUCUCAAUCAACAGGGAAAUUAUUCAUUAGAAAACAGACACGUAUUAUAUCUGGUCCAUUAAUUGAACAAAAUAUCAAUACAAAUACUACUUAUAAUAGCAAUAAUAGUAAUAAUAAUAAUAAUAAGAGAAUAAAUAUGAAAUAUCUUAUAGAAGGAUCUAAAAUUCAUUUAACAUGUAAAGUUGAAACAGAUCCAAUACAUGAAAAUCAAUUGAAGAUCAUAUGGAAAAAAGAUAAUUUGACUCUUCUAGAUGCUUUUGAACAUAAUGAUCGUCUUAAUGUCACAUCAUCAAAAAAUGAAAGUUUAAUAAUUAUAAACUUGAUACCAAGUGAUACUGGAAUCUAUACAUGUAUCGCUAGUACAAAAUUGGACAGUGUGAAUUCUUCCAUUCAUCUUAUAGUUCAAGGUCGUCCAAAACCUCCAAAAUCAAUAAAAUUAUUAUGUAAUUAUCAUAAUCAAUUAUCACCAUAUAUUAUGUUAACAUGGGAAUUUGAUGAAACAUAUUAUACACCAAUUGAUAAAGUAAUUAUUACUUAUAUUACUGGAUUUUAUCGACCUAUAGAAGAUUAUUCAAUAUCAAAUCAAUAUAAUCAAUCAAUCAAUAAUAAUAAUAAUAAUGAUCAUAAUCAUAAUAAUCAUAAUCAUAAUCAUCUAUAUUGGUUAAAUAAAACAACAUUAUCUAUAGCUCAAUCAAUAAUCAAUCAAUCAAUAAUAAAAAAUCAAUGGAAUAUAAUUGAUCUUAUACCAGAAAUGAAAAUUAUUGAUUAUUUAAAGCAUAAAAAUCAAUCCUUACGUCAUUAUAAUAAUACUAUUACUACUAUUACUACUACUACUAAUACUAGUACUACUUAUAAUAAUAAUAGUAAUAUAAUUGAAUUACCUAAAUUACCAUUGAAUAUAGGACGUGCUUUUAUUCAAUUAAAUUAUGAUGUAAUUUAUCAUUUUCGUAUUGAAUUAUUAAAUCAUAUUGGUAAAUCAUUACCAAGUGAUAUUAUACCAAAAUUAUCAAUUGAAUCUAAUGAAUUAUGUAUAUUACCACCAAUGCCAACAUUAAUAAAUCCAGAUUAUUUAAUAGUAUAUGGUAAUAAACCAAAUAAUUUAAUUAUACAAUGGAAGCCUUUGGAUCCUGUUCAACAUAAUGGUCCUGGUUUAAUAUAUCGUUUAACUAUUCAUUGUAUGGAUUGUAUUUAUGGUCCAUCAAAAGAUGUAUUCAAUUAUACAAUAGUUAAAAAUUGGUCUAAAGAUAGAAUAGAAUUAACGGAAUUGAUUACAUCAAAGGUAUCAGCAAAUAUGAAUGAUCCAAAUCAAUUUGAUAAAUGGAAUAUAGAAUCAUUUCGUACAUAUCAGGUUACUUUACAAGCUGAAAAUUAUUUAGGUUCAUCUAGUAUGAAACCAUUAAUAUUUACUGGUCGUUCAGGUGAAGAUAUACCACAAUUAAUACCAAUUCAAUUAAGAGUUCUUUAUAUUGGUUCAAAAAAUUUAUUACUUAGUUGGAAAAUAAUAAAAGAUUCUAAUUUUUCAUUAAAAAUUAAUGGUCUAUUUCAAGGAUUUCGAAUUGAAUGGUGUAAUGCAGAUUUAUCAAUAGAUUCAUGUGAAUUUUAUAAAAAAUUUCAGGAUUAUAUUCUUGAACAACCUCCAUCUUGGUCAUUUCCAAAUCUACGACGAAUGUCAUCGAUAACAUUUCUAGGAAAUGAAUUCAAGAAUAGAGAUAUUACUAUUACUACUACUACUACUACUACUAAUAAUAAUAAUAAUAAUGAUAAUAAUAAUCAUAAUAAUGUAAUCGAUACUAAAAGUAUACCAAUAACUAUGUCAUCUACCUUAGAACAUUUACAUACAAAUAAAAAUUCAAGUAUUCAAUAUCAAAAUGAUUAUUAUAAAGUUUAUUUAAAUCAAUUACCGGGUAAAACAAAAUUAAAAAUAUGGGUUCGUAUACUUAAUAUACAAUAUGCUGGACCAGAAAGUGAUGCAAUAAUUGUCGAAACUAAAGAAGGUGUACCAGAGAAAGUAUCUGAAUUAACUAUUACAUUUAUUGGUGUUAAUCAUAUUGAAGUAUCAUGGAUUAAGCCAAUGAUUUUAAAUGGAAACUUAAUUUCAUAUGAUUUAGAAAUAUACUUAAAUAAUUAUACUGAUAAAAUUGAAAGAAUUACAAAAAAUUCUCAAAUGAUCUCUUCUAUAACCAUUGAAGAUCCAGAACAAUGUGCAACCCGUAUAUCAGGUUUAAAAAUGAAUACUAAUUAUUCAUUAUAUAUAUGGGCUAAAACAGCUGUUGGACGUGGUGAAUCAACUUUUGUAAAUUUUCGUACAGCAACUCUUAGUCAUGAUUAUGGUUAUAUCCCUUUUACAAUCACUUCCGUCCAAGGUCAUGUGAAUGCAUUAAAUUUAACAUUGAUUACACCAUUAUCUUUAUCAAACUAUGAUUUAAAUCAAUCAGAGUUGAUUAAUGAUAGUACAGAUUCUUCUUCUGCUGCUAAUCCUACUACUUCUUCGUUUUCGUCUUCGUCUUCAUCUUCUUCUUCGACGAUUCCAUUCACAAAUGAACAAGAUACAAACAACUCUAAGAUAGAUAAUGAUGAACAAAUUGAAAAAUGGAAUCAUCAAUUCAUGUUUUAUGUACAAUUUCGUGAAUUAGGUACAGAGAUAUGGGAAGAAACACAAAGAGAAUUACAUAAUUCAUGGAUUGUAUUAAAUAAUUUACAUGAAGGUUUACAAUAUGAAAUUAGAAUAGUACAUAUUACUAAUAUUGGUCAAUCAACUGUUAGUGGUUCAAAAAUUAUACAAAUCCCAUUAAUCAAUACUCAAUCAUCAAUAAUCAAUAAUCAAUGGAGAUUAUUAUCAAAACAUAAUCAAUAUUUAAUUACUGUUAUUAUAUUAUGUUGUUUAUUUAUAUUGAUUACUUUAAUAAGUAGUAUAUGUUUAUUGAUUUAUUGGUUUAAACAAAAAUUUACUAAAAGAUUAAUAACACAUACAAAACAUAAUUAUUUAGAAACAUUUCAUUGUAAAAAACAAUCACAAUAUAAUAAUAAUAAUAUACAAUACGAAUUACCUAUUGAACAACAAUUACCACAGCAACACCAAUCACCACGGCAACAACAACAAUCUAUGGAAUCAUAUACAAAUUGGACAAUAAAUAAUAAAUUAUUACCAAAUCAUAUAGAUUAUAUAACUGAUCCUAUGAUGAUGAUGAUGACGACGAUGACAACGACGGCGACAGCGACGGCGACGGAGACGACGACCGCAAUGAAGAUGAUGAUGAUGAAUAAUAAUCAUCAUGAUACAAUAUGUCAAUUAGAUUCUUCAUGUAUAUGUCAAUCAAAUGAUAUCUAUCAUCAUCAUCAUCAUUAUCACGAUCAUGAUCAUGAUUCAUUUAUAACAACUUGUAAUUCACCAUUUAUAAAUAAUUGUAUAACAUUUUUAAAAUUACCACAAUCUCAAACUAGUUCAUUUACAGAAGAGAAUUUCUUUAAUCCAUUAAUCAAUAUUGAUACUACUAAUACUACUUUUACUACUACUAAUACUACUGAUAAUAAGAAUAAUCAACAUACAUAUAUAGGCAGUUUAUUAAGUAGAGUAUAACUAUUAGUUCUAUGUAUGUUUUAAGUAUAGUUAUGUAAUAAUACGUAUUCUUUUUUUGGGGGGGGAGAGUAGGGGGGUGUUAAAAGUACAAUAUAAUUUUAUGAUAUUUUUUGUAUAAGUAACGCAUUUAGAUUUUAAUUCUUAUUGUACAAUUGAGAGAAAACAUUUUUAAUAUGCAUAUAAUACAGUUUGUUUGUUUUUAAUAAA